AUGUCUCGCGUAAAGCGCCCACGACUGUCGACAGAACCCGAUCGCACCUCCACCGCCGCAUACGCCGCGUCGCAGCCUUUGUUCUCCACUCUCAAGAACGCGACAGUUACCGUCGACUCGCAGAAAGCAGGCUUGACUACUGCUCGUGAUGUCGUCCAGCAGCUACAUGUCAAGAUCGACACUGGCGACGCCGAGCGCCACGAGGCAUACAUGCAGAACGUAGUCAGCGCCUGGGAGGCCGCGACCGAGGCGUAUUGCAAGGUGUUUGAGGAGCUAUGCAACGUCACGAGAGCGGAUGACAGUGAAGGCCGACCACCGCGCAAACGACACGAGGAAUUCGCUAAGAUCUUAGAGACGGCACGGAGGGCCAGAGAUGCCGUCAAGGACUACGCGCCAGCGAAGGUAGAAGAGGGAGACGUGAGUGCUGCUGCUGAGAAGGACGACUUCUCUGAUGAAGUGCGUGUGGAGACUACGUCAAAGGCCGAGAAGGUAUCCCAGACGAACGGUAAGAAGAGAAAGCUGGCAGACGCCGAGCCUUUGCCAGACGCAUACCCACACCAGAGGGCAGACCAGAGUGACGAGGACGAGAUUAUUGUUAAGCACACUACCGUUCCUACGAAGACGGCGCCUCCUGCACAAGUCACGAAGGCUGCGAAGACGAAGACACCGCCACAAAAGUCCCUACUGGACGACACCAUUCGGUACAGUCGGCUCGAUCCAACCAAGAUCAUAUGGGAGAACGGCAAGCUCAGGGUACCGUUUGAGCGACUCUCGCCUGACGAGCGCAAGGCAUGGACUGUUAUCAAGCAGCGUCAGAAACGGCUGAAGACUCGCACCAAAAUCAAGUCCAAUCGUGCGGAGGGUCCUUCGGCUGCAAGGGAAGACGCAGAAGCGAAACAAGAGGUGAACACAGACAAAGAUGCUGUGCAUACUCAGGACGACAAGCCAGGGUCAAGCGUACCAACACCGACACCAGCCAACGGUCAAGAUGAGAGCGUGCCUGUGGUCGAGUACGAGGAUGUGUCAGCUGAAGUAGAGGCACGUCUCAAGGCCAAAGCUGAGAAGAAAGCACAAGAGAAGGCAAAGAAAUCAGAGAAGAAGCGAAAGCGGGAGAGCAAAGAUUCUUUCGUCAAUCCUGGUGCCGAAAUUGAAGAUCCUGAGGCUGUGCCAGAAGGAGAGGCUGACUCGAAGGACAAGGCUGCUAAGCCAGCCAAGAAGAAGUCGAAAAAGUCUGCUGACUCUGGCGUUUCGACGAAUGGCGCACCAACCGAUGACGCGAUGAAAGUCAAGAAGGCACCGAGGAAGAUACAGAAGCGAAAGAAUGUCGUGGAGGAAGAAGAUGGCGAUGAGAUCAAGGUAGCGGCGGCACCUGCGAAACAGUCGGCGAAGAAGAGGACACGCCACUUUUAG